AUUUAAAACUUCCGUUGGAUACUGCUUUCAUUGCUACUACCAUGAAUUAUACUCCACAGAUUUUACUGGUGAUCUUGUUGAUUGUAUUUAAAUUAGAUUACAGUACGUCUUUGAGUUGCUACACUUGCGAAACUUGUCCAGACCCAUUUAACUCUUCAUAUCCACAAGUAAACAACCAAAGUGGAUGUGCAUGGUGUGCCAAGAUUACGCUUAAAAAGCGUCGUUCUCCAAUAAGACAAUGUGCAGACAGAUGUGACUAUUUAUAUUUUUGGAAAUCAUACUCCAAGUUCUCUUAUUAUUGUUGUAAUACUGACUAUUGUAAUAAAAGUAUACAGAGUUAUGCAACUCAUCAAAUACUAAUUAUGAUUGUUAUAACACUUGUUUGUUUCUAUAUUAAUAAAAAAUAAACGAAAAAAACCCACAAAACAACGAACCUUACAAUUCGCCUAAAUCAAAUUCAUUCG